AUCAUUUGUUUGUUAUUUGUACGCGAAAGCAUGGGAGCGUGCAAUUUUCUCAAUCCAUCUGGAUAGUAUUGUUCAAUCUCAGGCUGCACUCUACCAAAAAUCUUUGCCGACUUCCGUUUCUUCUCUCAUUUCCCUGAUUCCCGAUUGAUCGAUCAAUUGUACGCCUUCACAGAAUGACGACCGGCGGUGGGGCGCUGAAGAAGAAGCAGCGCGUCGGCAGCAAUAACCGCCUUUCAUCCACUCUCGCUGACCUCGAUUCCUCUCUCUCCGACGGAACCCUAGCAGAAGGCUCUUACAAACCGCCAAGCCUCCGCCGCUCCUCCUCACAUUCUCUCCUGCCAAUUGUCUCCUCGUGCGCCGGCGGAUUCAACGACGCUGCUACUGCUGAUGUCAUUCUCAGCCUUCUCCUUGAUCAACAAUAUUCUCAGUUCGAACUGCCGGAGGCAUCCUCCGAUACCACUUCGCCCCUCGAUCAGUCCGAGAUUCAGAUAUACCUUCAUUCGCAUGUUCUUCGCCGAUCGAAAUACUUUACGGCACUCCUCUCUGAGCGCUGGCAACAACAGAAUGAAUCAUCUUCUAAUAAUUCCGACAAUGCCCCGAAAGUUUACCGGUUCAAGCUUUCCGUUCCAGCAACAACUGAUUCUAUAAACCACCACUUAACAGUCCUGCAACUUCUUUACUCCGAUGAUUUAUUGUCUUCUAUAGAAACCAUAUCUACUGCCCUUAAUUUACUCCCAGUCGCACUUGAAUUGCUUUUCGAGGAAUGCAUUAAGGCUUGUGUUAAAUUCCUUGAGGCAGUUCCCUGGUCUGAAGAUGAAGAGAAAAAGAUACUAAAUUUGAUUCCCUUUUUGAGCGACGAAGAGUCAAAAGAGCUCCUUGCUAGGGUUUCUCCUCUUAAAAUUGAUUCAUCGGAGGAAAUGCUUCAUGGAUUAAUACUUUCUGCAAUUCACAAUCAUCCAAAUAUGGCUUUUGCGAAGGCAUUCGUGGCUAAGCUGUUGAGGGAUUUCUCGUCGAGGGAGUCGGCAAGGAGGGUUUUGGAUAAGGCGUUUGAGAAGAGUUUGAGGGUUGUGAGGCAGUCUUUGGAAGAGUACUCCAGUCCUGAUUUUAGAGGGGAUCAUAAUGAGACUGAGGCCAUUCAGAGGCUGAAUUUGCACACAGCAAUGACUAAUGGAAAGCACUUGCUUUGGUUGGUAGAGAGGAUGAUUGAGCUGAAAGUUGCAGAUACAGCUGUCAAGGCGUGGAGCGAGCAGGCUUCUUUUACGGCAGAUUUGCAGAGGGCAUUUCGCGAUGAUGCAUGGAGGAAUAUUGUUCCUAGCCUUCCUGCUGUUGUGCUUCGUUGCACUAGCAGGCUUGCCAACGCUGUUGCCACUGGAAAUAUUUUAGCUACUAGACAGGUUAGAAUGAAGCUUGUGAGAGAUUGGCUUCCAGUGUUGAUUAUAUGCAAAGACAGUGUCUCACCUAUGGGGCCAAAUCACAAAUCACUUUACCUGGAGCUGGAGGAGACAUUCUUGAGAAUUAUAUCUACACUCCCUUUGUCGGAUGCUCAGGAGUUGCUGCAGCAGUGUCUUAGCUUUUCAACUCGUAAUGUCGACGACUGCCCUCACCUGGUUGCUGCUUUUACUACUUGGUUUCGCCGUGCAAACCGACCCCCACAGCCAGACUUCUGUGAGUGAUGCCAGAUUUUGCUGUGAGAAUCAUGGUAUCUUCCUAUGGAACUUAAAAAAACCCAGUGAGUUUGCACAUCAAAAUGGAACUCCAAGGUGAUGCUGUAGUUGUACAUAAAGCUUCUGUACUUAAAAGCUGGGCUGGUGGCUAUCUUGCUCAUUAACCUUCUAGAAACCAAGCAGCCGUAAGUUUUCUGCCGAGUCAGGAUCUGUUUGGCUUCAAACUGUAUAACUGAUAUUAAGCUGUUGUAGAGUUUCUGAGGCUGUUUAGCAUGUAAAUAAAACUAUCAUGUGUUUUGCCAUUUAUGUGGAUUCCCAGGAGAGACUUGAGCCUAAACUAUAUCUGUAGAGUAUUGUGCUUCGGUUUGCUAUUUAUAUACUCUCUGGUAAAAGUUGUCUAUAAA